ACCGUGGGACGUUGGUGCGGAAUCGGGCAGAAACAUUCAUCCCCCAUGGGGUCAUCCUGGCAAAGUGGAAUUCCGAAUCGCUUGCUAGCAUUUCCGGAGAACUGCGGAGACCAUAAAAUAUGGCUGUGGUUGCCUACUUCCAACAUCAGCGGAGUCUAUCUUCAUUCACCAGGCAAACCUUGGUGCCGUGGAAGCUCUGUGGAAACAUUCUCACUGCGCGAUUGGUGGAGACUUCAACGAUGGGCGCCGGCGUCGAGAAACAGACCUUCAGUCAACUCAAAAACAAUACAAACCCGUCAUGGUGGAAGGACCCCGGUCUCCGAGUUAACGUGCUGCACUGCAUCGGCCUGUACUUUUGCGUCUUCUAUCUCGGUUACGAUGCGUCACUCCUGAACGGACUGCAAGCCAUGCCGCAAUGGAAGGACUAUUUCAACAGCCCAUCCAGCAGUUUCUUGGGCCUCAUUUCUGCCAGCCUCUUCCUUCCGGCCAUUGUGACUCCAUAUAUCAGCUCUGCCAUCAAUUCUCGAUGGGGCCGGAAAGCAUCAUUGGCCGUCGGCUCGGUGAUUCUCAUCGUGGGAGCCUUCGUGAAUGCUUUUGCAAAGAAUAUUGGCACAUUCAUCGUGGGACGUUGUUUUAUCGGUGCGGCGGGGCCUUUUGGUAAGAUCACGGCCAUCGCUCUUCUGCAGGAGAUUGCGCAUCCGAGAUUGAGACCGAUCCUGGCGAGCUCAUUCUACUGCAACUACUACCUUGGGUCGACGGCUGCGGCCUGGUUCUGCUUUGGUUCGCUACACUGGGGCGAUACCAACUGGGCGUGGAGAGCACCAUGCCUCUUUCAGAUCUGUGCUCCAUUGGCCGUGCUCGUCCUUCUUUUCUUCAUUCCAGAAAGCCCGCGAUGGCUCGCUCACCAUGACCAUGCGGACAAGGCAAUCGAUAUCCUGGCCAGGUAUCACGCCAAUGGCGACCGGGACGACGAGCUGGUCAAGUACGAAUACCAGGAAAUCUGCCACGCCAUCAAACUUGAAGAGGAGAACCAUAAGACCAGUUUCCUGGACUUUUUCAAGACCCCCGGAAACCGUCGCCGCUUGCUCGUCCUCUUGACAAUGGCUACUGGAACGAACUGGAUCGGCAACGGCAUCAUCACAUACUAUCUGGCGCCGGUGCUGAAACUCGUCGGUAUCACGGAUCCAGCCCAGGUUUCAGGCAUCAAUGGCGGCCUUGCCGUAUGGAACCUGCUCCUGGCGUAUGCCGGGUCCAUGAAUGCCGAGAGAGCAGGCCGCAGAGUGCUCUGGCUGACUUCGACGAUCGGCAUGCUUUUUUCUUACAUCGUCAUGACGGGACUGUCGGGCAGCUUCGCCCAUCAUUCGAGUCACGCCGUCGGCAUCGCAGUCGUGCCUGUCAUGUUCAUCUACUACGGUUUCUACGAUAUCGGCUGGACGCCCCUGCCAUUUUCAUACGGCGCCGAGAUCCUGCCCUAUCAUAUGCGCCUUAAGGGUCUAAGUAUAAUGCUUUCCGUGCAAAGUGUUGCUCAAGCAUUUAAUCAAUGGGUAAACCCACUUGCACUGGACACCAUCGCCUGGAAAUACUAUAUUAUCUACAUUGUGCUUAUCAUCAUGUAUCUUGUGCUGAUUAUUUUGUACUUUCCGGAAACAAAACGCUUGACGAUCGAAGAGGUGUCGGUCAUCUUCGACACAGGUCGAAUGGGAUCCGCCAAAGCUGCGGUGGAACAAUUCAGAGUCGAAAGGACGCCAGAGGGUGUGGUUGAGAACAGAAGUGCAAGCAUGGACAAGGCGGACUUGGCGCACGUCGAGACGGAUCUCGUCAAGGUGUGAAGGCAUGGCGUCCCUCGUUGAACAGAGACAGUGGCCUUAGGAUAGAACGUAAUCGCAUUUGAUCGAGC